GAUAAUAUCACUUUUUUUCUAGUGAGUGUGAAUAUUGGAUGGGGGAGGUGAGGUUGUUCCAUCAGUUUCAGUCCCAGAUUCUAUGCUUUCCCUCCCUAUGUUGCUUUAUAAAGCCAUGCUUGGGGCUUACAUUUUGCUUGUAACAAGUGGCCAUACGAGAGGGGGUGAAGAGGUUUUCGAGCAAAGGAUCGAUCAAAUUUGGGAAGAACAUGAACCCGAGAAUGGGGAUUCAUAAUGAGAGGCAUUUGUUCCUGCAAGGUAACCAUGGAGAUUCCGGCCUUGUACUUUCGACUGAUGCCAAGCCUAGAUUGAAAUGGACUCCUGAUCUUCACGAGCGAUUCAUCGAAGCCGUUAACCAGCUUGGCGGAGCCGACAAGGCCACACCUAAAACCGUGAUGAAACUAAUGGGAAUUCAAGGCCUUACCUUAUGCCAUCUCAAAAGUCAUCUUCAGAAAUACAGGCUUAGUAAAAAUCUCAACGUACAAACUAACAAUGGCUGUGCCAAAAUAGGUGCGGCUGCAAUGACAGACGAAAGAAUAUCUGAAGUAAACAACAUCCCAAUGAAUUACUUUAGUAUUGGACCUCAGACAAACAAGGGAAUACAAAUAGGGGAAGCGCUGCAAAUUCAAAUUGAAGUGCAUAGAAGGCUGCAUGAGCAGCUCGAGGCGCAAGGGAAGUACCAACAGUCGGUGUUGGAGAAAGCUCAAGAGACUCUCCAUAGACAGAAUUUGGGCACCGUGGGGCUCGAAGCGGCCAAAGUUCAGAUAUCGGAACUGGUGUCGAAAGUGUCGAACCAAUGCCUGAACUCGGCGUUAUCAGAUUUGAAAGAAUUACAAGGUUUAUACCGUCAACCGAAUCCUGCCAAUGACUGUUCAAUGGAUAGUUGCUUGACAUCAUGUGAAGGGUCUCUAAAAGAUCAAGAAAUACACAAUAAUGGAAUGUGUUUAAGAAGAUACGGUACUCACAAAGAUCCAUUGAUGCACCAAACCGAGCCAAAAUCGUCCGAAAACAAAAUGAUCGGCGACGAAUUGUUUACGGACAGGAGCUGCAGUGAUUUAUCGACGAGUGUGGGAUUACGAGGAAGCUUUUCCAAUGGAAAAUUCGAAGAGCAUAGUUUCACAGAUGAAGGAAACAAAAGGGUCGAUUCAGUUAAUAGAUUGCCUUACUUUGCAACGAAGCUGGAUUUAAAUGUUGAUGAAGAACACAAUCUUGGGUCUUCAAGUUGCAAACAGUUUGGUCUCAAUGGUUUUAGUUGGAGCUGAAGAUUGAGAUUCUCGGUCUUCAAGAUUUCCGAACACAAAUAAGAUUUCUUUC